AUGAAAAAAUUCUCUGAAAACAACCCGCUAAAGGGAUAUAUCAUUAUGGAGUAUUUGGAUAAUCUGAAAACGGUGCACAUCUAUGAAAACAUCACAGCGGGAUCUAUGAAGCAGAUUCUACGAGCGAUAGCCGUGCUCGAAGCGAUGUCCCUUGACUUCUCCCCGCAAGGAAAGAAUGACUUCAUUGACAAACCUUUCACUGGAAUUUAUGGAGUCGCUUACAAUAAUGAGACAUUUGGAAACUUGAUGAAGGUUUUGCGUACGCUUAAAGGAGAUAAUCUGUCAAAUAAACUUCACCUACUGGAGAAGGCUCUACCAUACUUGGUGGAUCUUGAAUGGGCAGAUAGAUUACCCGAAGAAAUGGGUGUACGAAAGCAGAAAAAACAUUGUUUUAUUCGAAUUGCUAGAAAAGAAUUACCACAGAUGCUUCAGACUGCUCAUUUUGGAUGUCCCGCAUUUGAUCUCGUCCGUGUGAUGUGUGCAUGUCUUAGCGGAAAAGACCGCCAAGAACAAUGGGAAGAAUUGUUGGACGAGUUUUAUGGAUACUUGAAAGAGGAAUGUGGUAACAGAGACAUGCCCUACACGUUGAAGCAGCUCAAAGAAUCGUAUCGCCGAUUUUUCCCUCUUGGCGGUUUGAUGAUAAUGCCUAUGAUUGGGCCUCUAUUCGACAUAAUUUGUAAGAGUGGCGAUAAAGAACAAAAUCAGAAGCGUUUUGAAGUUGUGAUGGAGAAGACUGUGUGCCUACUGGAUGACAUACUUUACUUCCAUAACCGCAACAUGGAACAAAAAAGAAGAGAAAUAACCGAUUAA